AUCAUCGAGAGUAUUUCCAAAAAAACGCGAGGAAAAGGUUGCUUCGCUUUUAAGCCAGAGCACAGUGAUUUUUUUUUUUCACCGCGCGAUGUGUUUACGACUGAAAAUUGAGACAACAAACCUUGGUGGGAAUAACACGAAAUGAUAUUCGCUUUUCGCAUCAAUUUUAAAUAAAAUUGUGAUAUACAUAUAUACAUAAUUCGCUGACAACACGAUUUCAUUGAAGGCGUCCAUCUCAGCCUACCCGUGUGUUUAUUUUACGCGAUCCGACGACGAUUUUCCAGCGACGACGCCUCGAUUUUGUUUGUUUGUUUGCCCAACUUAACGGAGGUGAAAUUUUUCAUUUUCCCCUAUUUGUUUACGGGCUAGUUGAAAGAGAGGAAAAGUGAAAAGUGUUAUUCGACGAAGCGAAACGGAACGCAAAAAGAUCUUAAGAUAUGUGUACAUAGCACAUAAAUUGCAGAUUGAGGCCAAGACAAGGCAAAAAGAACCUGAAAUCUAAAGAUCUUGACGACGGUAGCAAAAGCGACAACGACAACAAAAAAGAACAUGAUGGAUUUCAGGCUGCUUAUCAGGAAUUGUGGCCUACUUAUGGGCGCAAUCCUGCUACACAUUUCGGUGUCCUUGUGUUUGGCCAUCGAGGAGCCUACAGCCCCCCUACCUCGCCCGUCUCCACCGCCCACCGUGAAGCUCAACAAGUGCUGCCACACGGGGGAGUAUUUAAACGAAUCGAGUAACGCUUGCAUCGCUGGCAGUGAAGCCUUGUGGUUGCCUAUGGUCUAUCUGGUUCAGCAACAGCGAUUCUUCGAGCCGCUCGGAGCCAGCCCGCGCUUUAUGAAGUUUCUCCCCAAUAUCAGACCAUCCUGCCGCCUAGAUCAAACUACGGAGAUUUUUCGUAGCCGCGGCGCCAACGUUAUGCUCUUUCCUAAUGGCACAUUGUAUGUGCGGGAACGUGGUCUUAUGGUUCAGCCGUCAGACUACUGUGUCGACUGGGAAGUGGCGGUUGUGUGUGUUGACAGCCUACCGGCCGACGCUUUAGAGGUUCCAGGACCAGGAGCAACACACGUUCAGAAGGAGGCGCCGGUUAGCCUGCGAUUAAACAAGUGUUGCGGAAAGUGGGGUAUCUACAAUACUGAGCAGCAAAACUGUUACUUGAAGACCAGCAAUCAAAAAGCCGCCGAUGGACUACUUCGACUGUCACCACAACUUCCUGAGGGUAGCUAUCUGACCAGCUAUGGCCUGCCCGUAUGUGCUCGUCCCGGGGGUUAUUCCAUAGCCGGGGAUUGGCAAGAUGCCAAGCUGGAUCGGGCAACGGCCAGACUGCAGUUGCCGCACAAGAACCUCAGUGCCGAGCAAUAUUGCCUGGAGCAUACACAACGUGAGGGCGAGGUCAAAAUCAUAGCGUGCCAGCAUUUAUUUAGGACUGACGGAGGAGGAGAUGGGACACAGGAUGGAUCCACAGGAGACUCUAUCGAGGAAGUCAAUGGUCAGAAUUUGCAAAAGGCGGUUUUAACUGGCGGCAUACUUGUAUCGAUUGUGUUUUUAACCGCCACUUUGGUCGCCGGCUUCCUGCUGCCCGCCGUCCAUCAUGCCCUUCACUGGCGUUGCCAAAUCUUUUAUGUAACCUGCCUGCUGAUCGGCAAAGUGUUGCUGGCCAUUGAGGAGCUGAGCUCAAGUUUGCUACCAGGAAGUGUGGCUUGCCAGGGACUGGCCAUCUGCAUGCAGUUCUUUUUCUUGGCCGCGUUUUUCUGGCUGAAUACCAUGUGCUUUAAUAUUUGGUGGACUUUCCGGGAUUUUCGACCCAGUUCGUUGGAGCGCAAUCAGGAGGCCCUCCGGCGGUAUCUGUAUUAUCUGUACGCUUGGGGCGGCCCGCUGCUCAUCACUUUUGUGGCCGCCUGUGUGGAUCAGUUGCCGGAGACGACGCUACUGAGACCAGGAUUCGGGCAGCUGUACUGUUGGUUCGACAAUCGGAACCUCUCCAUCUUUGCCUACUUCUACGGACCCAUUGGUCUCCUAUUGUGCGCCAAUAUAGCGCUCUUUGUGUCAACCACCCAUCAGUUAACAUGCGGCCUGUGGAAACGGGAUGAUGUCAAGUCCUCCACGGAGAAGUCUGCUUUGGGCAGAGUCUGCCUGAAACUGGUGGUCGUGAUGGGCGUCACCUGGAUAGCGGACAUACUAUCCUGGCUGGUGGGUGGACCACAUGGCGUAUGGUUCUUCACCGAUUUGAUCAAUGCCCUACAAGGUGUCUUCAUCUUUCUCGUUGUGGGCUGCCAGCCGCAGGUGUGGACCGCCUGCCGCCGGAUCUUCUGUCCAAGAUUGCGCCACGACAUUACUAAUACAACGAACGGAGUUCAGCAUUCGAGCAGCUCACAAGGAAUGCCAUCAUUGGCCGGUGGUACGGAGACAACGCAGAAUACCACCAUGCCCAGCAGUCCGGCGGCGGAUAGUGGACUAGAGGAUGACAUACUGGAGAAAGCACCGAUACCCCCCGUUCCCACAAUCAAAAUGGAGACUGUUUGCUAAACACAACUGAGACGACGAGCGACACUGCGAAAGUCAGGCCCGGACACAAAAGUCCAGACCUCGAACGAGCGAAAUAAUGGCAAUGGGCAGCUCAGCAGAAGCAAAAAAAAAAAAGCGAACAAAAAGCUGCUAAAGCUGGAGUUUCGAGACGGGAGGCACACACUUGCGCAAUCGCAACAACAAAAGCAAGCUGACCAGCUAAUUGUGCGGGUAAAUGUGUGCAUGUAUGUGUGUGUGUGCUUGUGAGCGUCUUGCUCGUGAUUUUGAAAUCGGCCAACAACCGCUGUGGAUCGAAAAGUACUCAGUAUGCCAGUAUUCAACUUCAAUUUGAGCCAGCACAAAAGAAACGUAUUAUUUUAUUCAUCAUCAACAUUGCCAUCAUCAUCGCGAAAAGCAGUAAAAGCAGAAUAACGGUAGAGCAGUUCGGGUCACAUUAACACGUUCUAAUUGGACACUCUGGUCAGUGUUGCGAAAUGCUUGUGGCUAGCAAAUGGAAUGUGCAGCCAAACAGGAAUUCAGAAUAGACAAAACAAAGCAGAUCUAUUGUUGCUCUUUCAUCCAACAAGCACUUUCAAGCAACAAUAUAAAAACAACAGAGAAUCAGUUUAUAUCUGUGUGUGUAUGUAUGUGUGUGUGUGGCAACCACAAGGAAUUUGCUGUUGAGGCACUUUUGUUGUUGUUUAGUUAAGAUAGCUACUCUGCUUUUUCUGACUCAAAUCUCAAGUGUGAGAAAAACAGCAGAGCACAACACACAUUAACAUAUCGGAUGUUUAACAUUUAAAUUAGCCGAUUCUGAUUGGUAUUUCUCGAUUGACACUGCCUGCAUCCAGUUUUUUGUUUUUGUUUUAUAUUUGUGCUUGACAUUUGCAUUGCCUAAUCACUAUUUUUGCUGGAAUACUGGAUGGAACAAUGCUGACUGAAACUAUUUUUAUAUUUGCCGCAUAAUCUUUUUCAUCUGAAACAUUUUUGAAUGUUUUUCUUAUGUGCAGAGUAAACAAUCGAAAUUUAUUUACUUGGAAGCAUAAACAGAAACGCCACACACACACACACAUGCAUAUAGUUAUAAGCGGAAACAAUCAAAUUGAUCAUGGAAAGUUCAACGAUACCUAUCGAUCAAGGUUAAAUGGUAUAAAAAAGAAAGCGUGCUUAAUUAAGCAAUGAUAAAGCAGUACACACAUUCUCUGAAACUUCCAAGCAAGCAGUGCCCAUUGUCCUAGAUCCUGCUUAUGGCGCCAAAUUCAAAAAUGUAUUCCCCCAAUCCCCAAUGUAUUUUAUAUAUUUUAGGUCUUGAAAACGCAGAAACUACAAUGCAGUACAAUUAUUAUUUCUCAUUAUUAUUAUUUAAUUCAUUAAUUAUUUUAUAUUUUUUUUUGUAAUUGACUAAUAUUAAUUUAUUGCUCAAGUUAUGAUCACACGUUCAACGUGUGCAUGAGUAACACAUUUGUAUUAUUUAGUAGAACUUCCAAAGUGUUCAGGCCAAAAGUAAUUCUCCCCGUACGAGCAUACUUGAUACUGGUAGGAUUCGAGUGUUUAUAUAUAUAUAGAUAGUUAUUUGUAAAUAAUCAACGAGGAAAUUACUUUCCAUUCUAUAAAGUUUAUAUAAUUAUUUUUCUUGAUCUAAGCAACGAAUCGAAUAUGAAAUUACCGAAUGACUGAGACAAAGGCAGCGAAUACUUUUCACCAAUUUAGAUAUAGAUUUUAAUUUUGAUACUAACUAUUGACUAUUGUAUAUAAACGUAUUUUGUACAACUUAUUGGCUAAGCAAUUUUAUAUAUAUAUUAUAUACAUUUAAAUAUCUAAGAACCCCGAGGGUGGAGAAACAACGAUUGUUAACUUUAUUGUCCAUAAUUCGAAACCCUCUUAACUCCACAACGAAUAGUUAGUAAGUUUUAGCCCUUAUAUCAUAUCGAUGAUGAUAAGAUUCUAAGAAUUACCAAACUGUUGUUAACUAAAACUAUAACAAAAACAAACGAACAA